GGACGUGGCAGACAGCUACCUACGACAGUUCCGGUGCGAAUUUCCGCUUGGAGAGAAACCAGAGAGGAAAGGAUUAGCGAAACACCCCAGGACGGACAUCGGCAAUAGUUUUGACGGCCACUGGCCUUCGGAACCGGUUGUGAGCAGGGACAACCGAUCUCUUGGCUAACUCGUUAUUUUAUCCAGUUUUGAGCUCCAGGUAUGAACUGAGAAUGAAUGUGAACCAGCAGACUCCCAUGGCGUCUCCAUACGGCCCGCCCCAGCCUGGCUAUGGCCAGCCCAGCUACGCUCCCCUGGGAGGGGGCUACCCUGGCCCCUACGGACCCUACAACGGGCCCGCUACAGCCUACCAGCCUGGGGCUCCACCACAAGGACCUGCCAGAGGCCCCCUUACCUCUGCCCCCCGUCCAGUCUCCACCCCCCAGGCGUACUCCCAGUAUCCCCAGGGAGACUCUCAGAACGGACCCCCACCUAUGGAUCACUCCAUGGCCCAGCCAGCUCACAGGUCGCCAGUGUCUCAGCCGUAUAGCCAAGGUGCUAUGAACUUGUCUGGGCCACACCCCUCCUACUCCCAGCAGUACGGUGCUCCGCCCCCCAUGCAACAGGUUACCAAUCAGAUGUCAGGGAUGCAGAUCGGGUCCGGUCCCCCCACCUCUGUUGGGCCGGGAUAUGGUAAGAUUCUUUCUCCAGCUCACCAUCCCAGCUCCCAGCCUCCAAUCAGUGCUGCAUACUCCUCUGCAGCCCCACCCUCCUAUACGCAAGCUCCUCCCCCAUUGUCUGCUGCCCCCUCCCAGCCUCCCCCUCCCAGUGAACCUGCAGCCUCCCAGCCUUACUAUGGUGGCCCCCCUCCCCCCCAACAACAACCCUUCCCCUCUGCCCACCCCCCCCCUGCUCAGCAACCCUUCCCCAACUCCGCCCCUCCUCCAGUCUCCCAGGCCUCCUACUCUGGUCCCCCUCCUCUCACCCAGCACUCUUUCCCUCCCUCCUCCCAAUCUGGCCCCUUCCCACCUAUCUCUAUAUCCCCUUCCCAGUACCCAGGUCCACAGCCCCAGUCCCAACCCGGACCCCCUCCCUUCCACUCUGGGCCCUCUCCUCGAGGCCCCAUUCCACCCCCCUCCAUGUCCCAGCAGCAGGCCAAUCACCUUCCCCCCGGCCCCAUGCACCAACAGCAGCCUCCUCAGCCUGGCAUGCAGGGAGGAUACCCAACCCAGCAGAAUGGUGCGUUUGGGCAGCCUAGAGGGCCACAGCCCGGCUAUGCAGGCCCGCAAUAUUCCGGGCAACAGAACUACGGAGCAGGCCCUGCCCCUGCACCCGUUCCCCCUGCACAGAAGAGACUGGACCCUGAUUCCAUCCCCAGCCCGAUUCAGGUGAUUGAGGAUGACCGGGUCAACAAGAGCAGUGAGCCGUUCACCACUGGGGUCAAAGGUCAGGCUCCACCCCUGGUCACCACCAACUUCCAGGUGAAAGACCAGGGCAAUGCCAGCCCGCGGUUCAUCCGCUGUACAGCCUACAACAUGCCCUGCACCGCCGACAUGGCCAAACAGUCCCAGGUCCCCUUGGCCGCUGUAAUCAAACCCCUGGCUAUGCUGCCCCCCGACGAGACCCCUCCGUACAUUGUGGACCAUGGGGACGGCGGCCCUAUCCGCUGUAACCGCUGUAAGGCCUACAUGUGUCCCUACAUGCAGUUCAUCGAGGGCGGACGCCGCUUCCAGUGUGGCUUCUGCAGCUGCGUCACAGAGGUUCCUCCCCACUACUUCCAGCAUCUGGACCACACAGGGAAGAGGGUGGACUGCUACGAUCGGCCAGAGCUCUCUCAGGGCAGCUACGAGUUUGUGGCCACUGUCGACUACUGUAAGAACAAUAAGCUCCCCCAGCCCCCAUCAUUCAUCUUCUUCAUCGAUGUGUCUUACAACGCCGUGAAGAGCGGCAUGGUUAACAUCGUCUGUCAGGAGCUCAAGACUCUACUGGACUACCUGCCCAGGGAGAAUCCAGAGGCAGACUCGGUGGUGCGUGUGGGUUUUGUGACCUACAACAAGGUGUUGCACUUCUACAACGUCAAGUCCAGCCUGGCCCAGCCCCAGAUGAUGGUGGUCAGUGACGUCAGUGACAUGUUCCUCCCUCUGCUCGACGGCUUCCUGGUCGGCGUCAACGAUAGCCGGAUGGUCAUCGAGAGUUUGCUAGACCAGAUUCCGGAGAUGUUUGCAGACACCAGGGAGACUGAGACGGUGUUUGGACCAGUCAUUCAGGCAGGACUGGAGGCACUGAAGGCUGCAGACUGUGCCGGGAAGCUGUUUGUGUUCCACUCCACUCUGCCCAUCGCUGAGGCUCCUGGGAAACUGAAGAAUAGAGAGGACAAGAAACUAGUGGGAACAGACAAGGAGAAGUCUCUGUUCCAGCCCCAGUCUGGUUUCUAUAGUAACCUCGCUAAGGAGUGUGUAGCACAGGGCUGCUGUGUAGACCUCUUCCUGUUUCCCAACCAGUACGUCGACGUGGCAACGCUUGGCGUGGUGCCCGUCUCCACCGGGGGUUCCGUCUACAAAUACACCUACUUCCAGGCCGAGACGGACCGUGAGCGGUUCCUGAAUGAUCUGCGGCGAGACGUUCAGAAGCCGAUGGGCUUCGAUGCUGUCAUGAGGGUCCGAACCAGCACAGGUAUCAGAGCGACAGAUUUCUUUGGUUCGUUCUUCAUGAGCAACACGACAGACGUGGAGCUGGCAGGCCUGGACUGUGACAAGACUGUCACCGUGGAAUUCCGCCACGACGACAAGCUCAGCGAGGACACCGGCGCGCUCAUGCAGUGUGCGGUGUUGUACACCAGCUGUAGUGGUCAGCGGCGUCUGCGGGUCCACAACAUGGCGGUCAACUGCUGCUCCCAGCUCGCCGACCUCUACCGGAACUGUGAGACGGACACAAUCAUCAACUUCUUCUCCAAGUACGCGUACCGUAGCAUAUUGAACACCCCCACCAAGACAGUGAGAGACACCAUGGUGAACCAGUGUGCCCAGAUUCUGGCCUGCUACCGCAAGAACUGUGCCAGCCCCUCGUCUGCCGGACAGCUGAUCCUACCAGAGUGUAUGAAGCUGCUGCCGGUCUAUCUGAACUGUGUGUUGAAGAGUGACGUGCUGCAGCCGGGAGCUGACAUCUCAUUGGACGACAGAGCCUACCUGAGACAGCUGCUCAGCUGUAUGGACGUAUCAGAGAGCCACAUCUUCUUCUAUCCCCGCCUACUGCCCCUGGUGAAGUUGGAUGGAGGGUCGUUGCCAAUGGCAGUGCGUAACUCAGAGGAGCGCCUGUCGAAGGGCGGAGUCUACCUCCUGGAGACAGGGCUCCACCUCUUCCUGUGGGUGGGAGCCAAUGCUCAGCAGGAGCUGCUUAGCAACAUCUUUGGAACGCCCACCUUCAGCCAGAUAGACCCCAACAUGACGAGUCUGCCGGAGCUGGACAACCCGUUCUCCCAGAGACUCCGAGAGAUCAUCGACUCCUUCAGGUCACAACGGUCACGAUACAUGAAGUUGAUGGUGGUGAAGCAGGAGGACAAGGCGGAGCUAAUCUUUAAGCACUUCCUGUGUGAGGACAAGAGCACCAGCGGAGGAGCUUCCUAUGUCGACUUCCUGUGUCACAUGCACAAGGAGAUCCGCCAGCUACUCAGCUAGGGCCCUGAUUUCUGACCCCUUCAAACCGGACCCCGGCACCUCUCACCCCCCCCCCCCGAUGCGCUUUAUCUUUUAUUUACCUAAUAAACUUAACCCCUCCCCCUCUGUCAGCGAGAGGCUGGAGACGUAUACACAGCCUCGUGGCAGAUUCCGUGUGUUUGUCCUCAUACGACUCUACUAUUCCAAACGUCAGGCUCUAAAACAGCUGGAGCUGAUCCACUGGCCAAUGGAAGUGUGUGUGUGUGUGUGUGUGUGUGUGUGUGUGUGUGUGUGUGUGUGUGUGUGUGUGUGUGUGUGUGUGUGUGUGUGUGUGUGUGUGUGUGUGUGU